CCCGACUCGCCAUCAAUUCAUUCCCCACUCGCCCUACCUCCGCCUCCCUCCCGCCGCGCCGCCCACCGCCGCCGCGCCGCGGCCAGCGAGGUCGACGGACGGUACCACGAUGGCGCAGGCCUCGGCCUUGCUGCGCCGCCUCAGGCGUCACCGCGCUGGCCCCGCUGCUGCCGCUCUUUUCCCUCGCCGGCUCGUCUCCUCCGAUCCCGCGCCCGCUUCAUCCUCGCUGGGUGCGGUGCUCGGGCCGAGCCACCUCUCGGUAGAUGGUGGAGGAAGCGGCUGCGGCCGCUCCGCUUGGCCCGCCUCCCACCCGCGACCCCGGUUCCCUCGGCGGCAGCAUGCGGCCGCUAUGGCUACCAGGGCGGCGCACCAAGCUGCUUCCAGCCCUGACAGCCCUGUAACGGCAGCGUCAAGUGAUGCAAGCACUAGCACCACCACUGCUGCCGCGCAGUCUGAGAUCGUGGAUUUCAUCAAGUCGACGUUUGGGAAGCUUGAAGGACAAAAUCACUGUUGGUUGAACGCCAUGAAUGGCAUUUGGAAGAACUUGAAUCAAGAAGGAAUAUAUCUUGUUCUUUUAUAUCAAUCUUGUGGAACAUUAAACAGCAGCAACAAUCAUUCAGUUGCAUUUGAGAGAUUGAAAUAUCUGCAACAGAGGUAUCCACACCUGAAUGUUUUUGCCGUGCAACUUGGGAGUGAUGUUUCUUCCUUAGCUGCUCAAAGCCAAGCAGUCCAUACGAUAGUGACGGAUUAUAUUGCAUUUCCUAUCUUGAUCUUACACAAAGACUUCUCCAAUAUGACAAAUGGUGCUUGCUACUUGCUAUUUGAAGGUUCUAAGGACCCUAUGCUAUUCCCAAAGUGGGUUGAGGAGCCUGAUCUGAUGAUUAAGGCCAUAGAAGAACUUAGUGUGUUGAAAGAAGAACUUUCUGGAAAUGUUCUAUCAAGAGUUUCUUGGCAGAAAGAAGAGGUUGUCAGAGAGCCAUAUGUUGGUUCCUUCAAAAACUUGUUACUUAACCACCCAGCAUGCGUAUCAGUUGAUGAAGAUGGGGAUCGUAUUUUUUUCUCUGACAGUAACCAUCAUAGGAUCAUCAUUAGCAACAGCAAUGGGAUGAUUUUAGACUAUAUUGGAUCUUCCCCAGGCUUUGAGGAUGGCGAGUUUGAAUCAGCCAAGUUCUUACGGCCAGCUUCAUCAUUUUAUCAUGCUGAUGAAGAUUGUCUAUAUAUUGUAGAUUCGGAGAAUCAUGCUGUUAGAAAAGCAGAUUUGGGAAGGAGGACUUUAGAAACAGUUUAUCCAGUGUCUAAUAAAAGCAAUGGUAUCUGGGGCUGGAUUACUGAUAAGCUUGGUUUGAGAAAAGAAGUUACUCCAACUAUUCAAGAUUUUGAUGCAGAUUCAGUAACACUUCCAUGGCAUUUGAUACAAAUUUCAGAGGAUGUCUUAUUAGUUGCAGACCGCAGCUUUGAAAGUCCAUGGAUCCUGAGAAUAUCAACCGGCAAAAAGCAGGAUAUUGGAAGAGCUGAAGUAAUGGAGUCAUAUCAGCAAACUAUAAAUGAGAGGUUUGCCCUUCUUAAGGAUAUACACAUGAAUCGGCCAUCAGGUGCUAAGGAACCGUAUGAUUCAUUGGAGAAGGUCACCGGCAAGGAGCUUGUAUCGUCAGUCUCCAGAUUUCAUAAUUACAUUAUCUUCAGCGAUACAGAUGGUCAAAGGGUUCUGAAGCACAACUUUGAUACCAAGAUUACCUCAACGAUUAAUUUCUCUAACUGUGAGGUGCUGGGGUUGCCAUAUUGGUCUGUUUGCAAUCUCGAGAGAGUAUCAACCUGGGGACGUUCAACCGAACAAUUUCAAGAGCAUGUCCGUCAAGUAGAUGUGCUUCCUGGAAGAUGCAAUAUCACGGUCUACAUAGACAUUCCAGUUGACACUGAACUUGCUGCACCCUUGGCCGAGAAUUGUGUCUGGCGCCAAGUGAGGGGAUCUGGUGCUGAGAUUUCUGGUUGCGAUGGACCAGACACGGCAAUGGAAAAGGUUGGGAUCGCACAGCAGUGGUACGACGAGCUGGACAACCUAGCCUUCUCUGAAGUCGCCGAGGAACCUACCACUGCGCAUGGGGGUGACGAUAAAUCCGCUGAUCAAAGCUACCAAGAUCAGCGAAGAGUGCAGUUCACCUGUGCGGUGAACGUCAGCCCUGGGACAUGUGAGCUGGUGGCCUCUGCCGCGCUGUACCUGAAGCUCGCGAGGACGAUCGGCGAUCAUGUGGAUCAGAAAGCCCUGGUGAAGUGGAUCAUGGGCUGCCAGCGCCGCGAGGAGCACGCCGGCGUGGAGCUCCUGAUGGGGAGCCGCGGCGGUGACGCGAGGGACCUGGUGGUGAUGAGGCCCGUGCACCUGCGGCUGCGGCUGGAGUGCGGCGACCACCCCGCCGGCGCCACCAACAAGGAGACCAUCAGCACCGAGUCCAGCCUCAAGAUCGACGUCUCUUUGGACUAGCGGUUGCGGUUCCGAUUCCGAUUCCGAUCUUCUUUUUCUUGGUCGACGUGUCUGUCAUGGCACGCACCACCGUUUGCCGCUACGUACAUUGCUGGAGGCAGUCGUGAUGGAGGGCUCUUGUCGGUGUGGAAAGGAACGGCCUGACACGUUGCAUAGUUUUUGUACCCACAUGAAACAUUUCAGUCGGGAUCUGUGGAAACUGGGACGGAGCCUGGAGAAUCUGUCCCGAUAAAAGCCAA